AUGUCGUCCCUGCCCAAGACCUACAAGGCCGCCGUCUUCGAAAAGAAUGGCGGACCUCUCGUUCUCAAGGACAUUGAGCUCAAGCAUCCCGAAGAGGGACAGAUCCUCGUCAAAGUCGAGGCGUGCGGUGUAUGCCAUUCCGACGCACUCGUCCAGUCCGAGGCAUUCGGACCGCUUCCUCGCAUUCCGGGUCACGAGAUCGUCGGAAAGGUCGUUGAAGUCGGCCCUCACGUCACCAAGUGGAAGCAGGGAGAUCGCGUCGGCGGCGCCUGGCACGGAGGACACGACGGCACCUGCCGUCAGUGCAACCAGGGCCUCUUCCAGAUGUGCGACAACGGCCAGAUCAACGGUGUCACGCGUGACGGCGGAUAUGCCGAAUACUGCCUCCUCCGUUCCGAGGCUGCCGUGCGCCUGCCGGCCGAGGGCAACGCCGUCGACAUGGCCCCGAUCAUGUGUGCCGGCGUGACCGUUCACAACGGCAUCCGCAAGAUGAACAUCCCUCCUGGCGAGCUCGUGGCCAUCCAGGGCCUUGGCGGUCUGGGUCACCUUGCGGUCCAGUACGCCCGCAAGAUGGGAUACCGCACCGUCGCGCUCUCUCGCGGCACGGACAAGAAGGACUUCGCCAUGAAGCUCGGCGCCAACGAGUACAUCGACACCAGCAAUGGCGACCCCGCCGAAGCUCUGCAGAAGCUGGGUGGUGCUGCCCUGAUCGUUGCCACCGCUCCGAACCCGGAGCACAUCUCGCCCCUCGUCGGCGGCUGCCGCGCCCUUGGCAAGCUGCUCAUCCUCGCACCUGUGGGUGACGUGCCGGUCAACAGCAUCGCCAUGAUCACCAAGGGCAUCUCGGUGCAUGGCUGGCCCUCUGGCCACGCACUCGACAGCGAGGAUGCAGUCGAGUUCGGCGAGCGCUUCGACGUCAAGUGCAUGUGCGAGACCUUCCCGCUCGCCAAGGCCAACGAGGCUUUCGAGCACAUGAUGUCCGGCAAGGCCCGCUUCCGCGCCACCAAGAAGAUGACGCAGAACGUCGGCCAAUACACGGAGUAUGAUGCCAGAACGGGCGUCUACUCAUCUCGGGUACCCUAUAGCCCCGAAUCGGCGUCAUGCAUCUUCGAGUAUCUGCUAGGAUCAGUCGGCUUCGAUGAUUCCCAAGAGGUGCUCAGAGAGUGUGCUAGUGGCAAGACCAUCUCGCUCGGCCAGCUCAAGAUGGCUGCGCAGAGGCUCGGCGUAGGCUUGAUCCGCAAAUGCAAACUCAAGCCUGGCGACACUGUCCUGCUCUAUCUCUACUCUUCCAUCGACUUUGCGGUGGCGUUGCUCGCCUCUCAAUUCGCCGGUUUGCGUGUCGCGCUUGCCAACCCAGACUACCUUUCGACAGAGCUCAAGCAUGUCUAUCGCCUCACCAAGCCCAAACGAGUCUUUGUCACCUCCAAGUACAUGAGCAGACUCAGUCGAGCUGCCAUCGCUGGACAGACGCUCAUCCUGACCGAUGGCGACGUGGCAGGCUUCGGAGGUGUGUCCUCGAUCAAGAGCCUCAUGGUGGACGAGGCCACGGCCAAAGAGGCCAAGGCGCACACACCGGCAAACCUCAACGAGACUGCAUAUCUUCCGUUCAGCAGCGGAACAACCGGGCUUCCCAAAGCCGUCGAGAUCUCGCAUAGCAACGUCAUCAACAUGAUCGAGAUCUUCCGUCACACGCCGGCUUUGUUUCCUAAAGCUGAUGAUGGGUCCGAGGAGCAAUUUCGGACUCUAACCUUCCUGCCCUUCUUCCACGCAUACGCGCUCAUCCUCAUGCUGCACUAUCCGAUUCGAGCGCGCGGUCACACCAGCAUCAUUCGCCCUUUCCAGCCCGAGGCCUACUGUCGUCUGGUUAAAGAGCUCAAGGUCAACUUCCUGGCACUGGUGCCGCCCGUGCUCACACUUCUCACCAAGCAUCCCGACGCCACGCCGGAAGCCUUCAGCAGCGUCAAGCAGUCGCUCUGCGGAGCAGCGCCACUCGACUUUGAGACGCAGAGUCAAUUCACCAAAAAGACGGGAGUGCCCGUCCAGCAAGCUUUUGGCAUGACCGAGACUACGGUGGGCGCGCUCGGUCUGCACGGUGACGAGGCGUCUGGCUCGGUCGGCUGCUUAUAUCCUGCCACUCUGGGUCGCAUUCGCGAUGUCGAGACGGGCAAGAAUCUUGGCCCAGGCGAACGUGGUGAGCUGCUGGUCCGCGGCCCUCAGAUCUGCAAAGGAUACUAUGGCAACAAGCAGGCUACCGCCGACACCUUUACCGAAGACGGUUAUCUUCGCACAGGCGACAUUGCCAUCGUUGAUCCUCGUACUGGCGAGUUCAGUAUCGUCGACAGGCUCAAGGAGCUGAUCAAGUACAAAGGAUUCCAGGUGGCGCCGGCUGAGCUCGAAGGAGUGCUUGUUUCGCACCCCGCCGCUGCUGCUGCGGCUGUGGUGGGCAUUCAUGACAAAGACCAGGGUACCGAGCUACCGCUCGCAUUCAUUGAGCUUAAAGCAGGCCAGCAAGAUAUCACCAAAGUCAAGCAGGAUAUCGACGCCUUUGUGCGCUCCAAAGUGUCGCACCACAAGUACUUGCGCGGAGGCAUCCGCAUUCUUGAUAAGGUACCCGUGAGCGCCAGUGGCAAGAUCCUCCGAAAGGAGAUUCGCAAACUGCUCCAGGCCGAGAUUGACGCGAAGACCUCUUCCGCUAAAGCCAAUUUGUAG